CCUCUUCCUCACUUUAUCCAACACCGACGCGCAAAAGCCCUCACCACUGACUGCACACGGCGUGCUGGAGCGAGCUGUGCAAACACCAGGUCUGGGUCCUGCAUGUUGACGACCUGCACGUUUCCACCGUAAUGCUGGGCGCUGUGAAAAUGGAAGGACACGAAACUCCUGACUGGAGUAGCUAUUACACCGAUGCACAGGAGGUGUAUUCGCCCAUGACGAACAGCAGCAUGAAUACUGGACUGACUUCCAUGAACAGUAUGAACAGUUAUAUGAGUAUGUCCACCAGUGGGAAUAUGACCUCUAGCUCCUUUAACAUGUCCUAUGCGAACCCUGCUCUGGGCGCUGGACUAAGCCCGGGAACUAUGGCGGGGAUGCAGUCGAGCAGCAGCGCAAUGAACGGAAUGGGUGGCGGGGUGGCGUCCAUGGGCACGGCGCUCAGUCCCACAAACAUGAAUGCAAUUUCAGCUCAACACACGUCUAUGAACGCACUGAACCCUUACUCAAGCAUCAGCCCCACUAUGAGCCCUAUGACAUACGCCCAGCCUAACCUUAACAGGGCACGGGACAACAAGACUUUCAGGAGAAGUUAUCCCCACGCCAAGCCUCCAUACUCUUACAUAUCACUCAUCACUAUGGCUAUCCAGCAGUCCCCCAGCAAGAUGCUCACGCUUAGUGAGAUCUAUCAGUGGAUAAUGGAUCUUUUUCCAUACUACCGUCAAAACCAACAAAGGUGGCAAAACUCCAUCAGACAUUCGCUGUCUUUCAAUGACUGCUUUGUGAAAGUGUCGAGGUCGCCAGAUAAGCCGGGGAAAGGCUCUUACUGGACCCUGCAUCCUGACUCUGGAAAUAUGUUUGAGAAUGGCUGUUACCUCCGCAGACAGAAGCGUUUCAAAUGUGAUAAAAAGCUUGUGGGAAGUAAAGGGCCAGACGGAAGGAAGGAGCAGAGCGGGUCAGGCUCGCCCUCAAGUGACAGCUCGAGCACAAAGACCGGGCCCGUGGACUCCAACUCAAUAAGCAGCGCAGCCCAGUCAGCAAGCCCUCAGAGCUUGGACCACAGAAAUGGUAGCAGCAACUCUGAACUAAAGAGCAGUGGCCCACAGAUACACCCCGUGGCCAACUCAGCCACGUCCCUCUCCUCUCUCCCUCUGCCCCCACACUCUAUGGCCCACGAGUCUCAGCUGCACCUAAAGGGAGACCCCCAUUACUCUUUCAACCACCCGUUUUCCAUCAAUAAUUUAAUGUCCUCCUCGGAGCAACAACACAAACUGGACUUGAAAGCAUAUGAACAAGCGUUGCAAUAUUCAUCUUAUGGCUCAGGUAUGUCUUCCAGCCUGCCUCUCGGCAGUGCUUCUAUGGCCGGGAGAGCAAGCAUGGACCCCUCGGCUUUAGAGGCGUCUUACUACCAAGGGAAAAGUUGGCCGGUUGAAUGAGAGAGAGAGGGAGAGCUGUGGGAGAGGGAUGUGAGAGAGGGGACUCCCGGCUUGUGGCAUCUCCACGGUAACCGGAGCGCAGGAGAACAGGAGCUCCACACUUCCUCCUGUCUUUCCUCUGUCACUCCGACCAACGGGCCAUGCAACAUGCUUCUGAGGACAUAAUCGAUCAUGCUCAAAAACACACACGGGCCCCUGCGACACUGGCCACCUCAGCUGAAGGAUGGAGAGGACUGGAGAGGGCUCAUGAGGGGCAUAUCGUCAAUACCAGGAAUGUAAACCACCUCCAUAGAAUUGUUUAGUAGAUUAGAUUUCGGUAGGAGUCGAGGGAUCUCUCUGGUCUGCUUAUGGUUAAAAAUUAUCAACAUAUCCAUGCGAGAAAAAAAAGAGAGGCUUCAACUGUCUGCUAGAAUUAUUAUUAUUAUUUUUUUAAUGAACUAAAAUUCAGCUGUUUUCUUAUCAUUAAUAUUAUCCCAUAAGUCUGGUCUAAUGAAGGCGAGCCAGUGACAUGACCAGUGACAUCACCGGUGACAUGUCUGUCCAUAACCUUAGAAUUAGCACAAAAUAAACAGUUUCAAAGUAAU